AUGAGAAAGCAGCUGGACAACAGAAUACCAAUACUUAUUAACAACAAUGUAAAGAGGAACCACCGCUCUUUCAUAGUAUUAGUUGGAGACAAAGGCAGAGACCAAGUUGUAAACCUUCACUUUCUAUUGUCCCAGGCCCGGGUGUCUGCUCGGCCUUCGGUAUUGUGGUGCUACAAGAAGGAUUUGGGAUUCACAAGUCACCGCAAGAAACGUGAAGCCAAGAUUAAGAGAGAUGUAAAGCGAGGGAUACGAGAAGCAAACGAACAGGACCCAUUCGAAAUAUUUGUAACGGUUACCGAUAUUCGAUACACGCAAGUGUACUACAAGGAGUCCCACAAGGUUCUCGGUAACACCUACGGAAUGUGCGUUCUGCAAGACUUUGAAGCUAUUACACCGAAUCUUCUCGCUCGCACGAUCGAAACCGUCGAGGGAGGAGGACUGGUGGUGCUUCUCCUGAAGACGAUGUCCUCGCUAAAGCAAUUGUACACCAUGUCCAUGGACGUUCAUGCCCGAUACCGCACCUCAUCACACGAUUCAGUUGUUGCCCGAUUUAACGAGCGCUUCAUAUUGUCCCUGGCAUCAUGCGAUGAUUGCCUCGUUCUCGAUGACGAGUUGAACGUUCUACCUAUCUCACGAGGGAAAGAUAUUGAACCUAUUGAUGAGGCUGAAGAAAGAGGAAAGGGCAAGCAAAUUGAGGAUGAGCUGACAGAGCUCAAAGAAAGUUUGGCCGAUACCAAACCUAUAGGUGAACUGGUCAAGCUUGCGAAAACAACGGAUCAGGCCAAGGCGCUCUUGACGUUUGUAGAAGCCAUCGCCGAGAAGACACUAUCGUCGACUGUGGCGCUUACUGCAGCUCGUGGACGAGGCAAAUCAGCCGCACUAGGAAUGGCGAUCGCGGCCUCGCUGGCGCAUGGCUACUCGAAUAUAUUCGUUACUAGCCCUAGCCCGGAGAAUUUAAAGACACUGUUUGAUUUCAUCUUUAAAGGGAUGGAUGCGCUGGGAUAUGAAGAGCACCUGGACUAUGAUAUUGUUCAGAGCACCAACCCAGAUUUCAACAAGGCGAUUGUUAGGGUUAACGUGUUUAGGGAACAUCGUCAGACAAUUCAAUACAUACAACCCCAAGAUGCCCACGUCUUGGGGCAAGCGGAGUUGGUCAUCAUUGAUGAGGCCGCUGCUAUUCCCUUGCCAUUAGUCCGAAAUCUGCUCGGUCCCUAUUUGGUGUUCAUGGCAUCGACAAUCAACGGAUACGAAGGUACGGGCAGAUCGCUUUCUCUGAAGCUUAUUCAACAGCUUCGAGAGAGUACACGCCCAGUCAUUGCCAAAAGCAACGAUGACUCCCUCGCUCCUGCAUCCAAUUCCAAAAAGAGUGCGGCAUCUGGCAGCUCGGGUAUCAAGGCGAGAACACUGCGGGAGAUCAAGCUUGAGACUCCUAUCCGAUAUGGAAGUGGGGACAAGGUUGAGAAGUGGCUGCACUCGGUACUGUGCCUCGAUGCAACUGUCGUGUCCCGGGGGAUCAGCGGCUCGGGCUGUCCGCACCCUUCGCAGUGCGAAUUAUUCUACGUAAACAGAGAUACACUCUUCAGCUACAAUCCAGCAUCCGAGGUUUUCCUUCAACGCAUGAUGGCAUUAUUUGUCUCCAGCCAUUACAAGAAUUCCCCAAACGAUCUGCAACUCAUGAGCGAUGCGCCAGCCCAUCACCUUUUCGUCCUCCUCCCGCCACUCAGGGACGACGAGAGCACACUCCCGGACCCACUAGUCGUACUCCAGGUUGCACUAGAAGGCAAUAUAUCCAAACAAGCUAUUCUAGAGAGCCUCAGCCGUGGAUUACGCUCUGGUGGUGACCUGAUACCAUGGAUAAUAUCCCAGCAGUUCCAAGAUAACAACUUUGCAGAGCUUUCAGGCGCCCGAAUCGUGAGGAUUGCGACACAUCCUGAUUAUGCGAGCAUGGGUUACGGCAGCCGGGCGCUCAAGGCUCUCGAGUCAUUUUAUAAUGGCGAACUAUUCAAUCUCGACGAAGCCCCGGAGGAAACGCAAGAAGAAGACUAUCGCCCGACCAUCGAUCCGAAUGCCACACUUCUCACCGACAAGGUUGCCGUCCGCUCUGCUACUCAAAUGCCACCGCUCCUUCAACGUCUGUCUCAACGCAAGCCCGAAGUACUUGACUAUGUUGGCGUCUCUUAUGGUUUGUCGCCGCAACUACUCAGAUUCUGGAAACGUGCGGGAUACUGCCCGCUUUAUCUCCGUCAAACGACGAGUGACCUGACGGGAGAGAAUACGUGUGUAAUGGUCAAGAAUUUAGGAGAUGUGUUGGAGGGUGAAGAGCAUUGGAUAGGAGCGUUUGCUCAAGAUUUCAGGAGACGGUUCCUGACGCUCCUUUCGUUCCAAUUUAGAGAAUUUGGAUCAGCUUCUGCGUUGAGUAUCCUGGAGGCUAUAGCCAACACUGAACAAAAGUCGGAGAUUGGCCUGACGGAACUAAACUUCCUCCUUACCCCGUUCGAUCUCAAACGACUCGAGGCAUAUUCAAAUAGCCUAAUCGACUACCACGUCGUGCUUGAUCUUCUUCCUACACUCGCGACGUUGUAUUUUGGGAAGAGACUUGGACCAGACGUGAAGCUCAAUGCGAUCCAGAGUUCGAUCAUGCUCUCGCUAGGACUGCAACGCAAGAGUGAGUUGGACAUACCUGUCAACCAAGCACUCGCGCUCUUUGUCAAAGCCAUCCGAAAGAUCUGCGCACGUCUGCAAAACCUGCACAAGGAAUCCCUUGGAGCAGAUAUUCCUUCCCAGCCGUCCCAGCCACCCGCCAAAGCGGACGGAACGGACUGGAAGCCGCUAGCUCAGACGGUUGAAGAAGAGCUCCAAGAGGCUGGGAACGAGGUUACACGCGAGCUCAAGGCCAAGCAGCGAGAAAUGAUCGAUGCGCUUGAUUUGUCCAAGUAUGCAAUUGAUCAUACGUCUGCUGACUGGGUCCAGGCUGAAGCGCAUGUGGCCAAGCUCGCGGAUCCUAACCGGAAAAAGGACGUGUCGACUGUUGUUUCUCUCAAAUCCUCUGCCCAGGCUGGAGCGAAGAAACGGGCGGGGGACGAGGCGACGGACCAGCAGCAGGCGCCGAAAAAAAAGAAUCGACGAUCGACGAAUAAAGGAUCUAAAAAAUAG